AAACUUUCCCAUGAAAGUCUGUAAGACCACCAAUAACAAUGGCAUCCCAAGGCCUCCAGAUCCUAGGUGUUAUGCUCGCUAUAGUGGGCUGGCUGGGGACGAUCACUACCUGCGCGCUGCCUAUGUGGAGGGUCACCGCUUUUGUUGGCGCCAACAUUGUUACAGCCCAAAUAAUCUGGGAAGGUCUGUGGAUGAACUGUGUGGUCCAGAGCACCGGGCAGAUGCAGUGUAAGGUCUACGACUCCAUGCUGGCUCUUCCUCAGGACCUGCAGGCGGCUCGAGCCAUGGUCAUCAUCUCUGUCAUAGUGGGAAUCUUUGGUGUGCUGAUGGCUGUGGUUGGAGGAAAGUGCACCAACUGCAUGGAGGAUGAGGCAGCAAAAGCCAAAGCCUGCAUUGUCGCUGGUGUGAUCUUCAUUAUCGCGGCCGUCCUCAUCCUCAUCCCUGUCAGCUGGUCUGCCAACACUGUAAUCAGGGACUUCUACAACCCUCUGGUGAGUGAAGCCCAACGCCGAGAGCUAGGAGCUUCGCUCUAUAUUGGUUGGGGAUCUGCAGCUCUCCUGUUGUUGGGCGGUGGGCUGCUAUGCUGGAACUGCCCACCCAAGGAGCCUCGUCCCUACAUGGCAGCCAAAUUUGCCCCCGCCAGAUCAGCAUCCUCACCGAUGAAUUACGUGUGAGCGAUAAAUUGAAUGUCCAUAAGGACUGAAGUUGGAACUGACAAAUUCUGAACUCUGAACAAAAGCAGGUUGAUCCGAUUAUGUCUUUCUAUAUUUCUUUUAAGGUUAUGCAUUAUUCUGUUAUGUGAUUACUGAAUUUUGAACUUUUGAUCUGUUCAAUAUCCAUGAAUGAAUAAAUUCUGUACAUUGCAUGUUG